UCGAAAGUGUCACAGCUGCACCAAAGGAGACAGAGAAGAGGAGAGAGAGAUAGAGAGAGAGAUAGAGAGACAGCAGAGAGGAGAAUAUCUUUAUUCCACUAGCCUGCUGCAGAGACGACGACGUGCCUUUCUCCUGUCUUGUACUUGACCCCUUCCUACAUUUCACCUCCACUCCUCCUCCCCCUCUCCUCCAUCAAGCCAUGAGUUACUUCCUGGUGCUCAGCAAGUGCCACGGCGACAGCGUCCUGUCUCAGUACCAGCGUCUCCGCGACGACCAGCGCAUGUGCGACAUCGUGCUGGAGACGCGGGGCGUCCAGUUCCCCGCCCACCGCUCGCUGCUGGCCUGCGCCAGCGACUACUUCUGGGCGCUCCUGAAGGACCACACGCGCGAGUCCCGCGACACCCUCCAGGGCCCCCUCACCCUCAGCCUGCCCGCGCUGACCCCCACGGGCCUGGAGCGCCUGCUGGACUUCGUCUACUCCUCCUGGCUCUGCCUCUCGCCCUCCACCCUGGAGGAGACGCUGGAGGCCGCCCGCUACCUGCAGGUGAGCGGCGCCGUGGACCUGUGCGCCCGCUACAUCGCCGACAACCUGGCGCCCGAGAGCUGCUGCUUCUUCGCCAACGUGGCGGCGCGCUACGGGCUGUCCGGCGCGCUCAAGGCGGCCGAGGCGUACAUCGCCCGGCACAUGCGCGAGCUGCUGGGGGGUGGCGACGGGGACGGGGAGCGCGCGGGGCUCAUGGAGCUCAACCUGGGGUCGCUGCGCGAGUGUCUCGGGGCCGAGGACGUGCCGGGGGUGCGGGAGUCCGAGCUGCUCGGCCUGGCGCUGGACUGGCUGGACCGGAACCGGCUGCCGGCGCUGCAGAGCAACCUGCUGCUGAGCCACGUGCGCUUCGGGCUGGUCGCCCCGCGGGAGCUAACGCGGCUGACCGCCGAGCGCCCGGCCCUGCGCACGCCCUUCAUCGGUGGCCUGGUGGACAAGGCCCUGCAGUACCACGCCCAGGGGCCGCUCCAGCCGCUGCUGCAGAGCGCGCACACCCGGAUCCGGGCCGCCGCCGGUGGGGACGGACACACGCUGCUGGUCGGCGGAGGGCCGGAGGCCGACCGGCCGCAGCGGCUGGUGCAGAGCUUCGACCCGGAGACGCGGAAGUUCCGGACGCUGGCCACCCAGCUGCCCGGCCGGCUGCAGCACCACUGCGUGUGCGUCCUGGGCGGCUUCCUGUUCGUGCUGGGCGGCGAGGAGGUGGAGACGGACGGCGAGAGCGAGAAGACGGCCGUGAUGACGGUCAGCGGGCGGGCGUGGCGCUACGACCCGCGCUUCCGGCGCUGGGACGAGGCCGAGCCCAUGAUCCAGCGGCGGGCGCGCUUCGCCUGCUGCGUGCUGGACGGGGUCAUCUACGCCGUGGGCGGGCGGGCGGAGCCCGGCGAGCCGCCGCUGUCCACCGCCGAGAGGUACAACCUCCGCGCCGGCUGCUGGCGGAAGAGCGCCGGGCUGCCGCACGCCGUCCACGGUCAGGCGUGCGCCGUCCUCGGGAGGCGCGUCUACAUCUCGGGCGGCAUCCACGGCGAGGCCGUCGAGAGCAGCAAGGACGUCCUGUGCCUGGACGUGAGCGAGGGCCGCGCCUGGGAGAAGCGCGCCGCCAUGUCCGUCGCCCGCUUCGGCCACCAGAUGGCGGCGGUGGGCGGGCGGAUCUACGCCUUCCUGGGGAUGUACGAGCAGUUCUGCGACAUCGAGCGCUACGACCCCGAGCUCGACCAGUGGACGCGCCUCCGGCCGCUGCUCAACGACCGCUUCUGCUACGGGCUGUCGGCCACGCCCGACGGGCGCGUGCUGCUGUUCGGCGGCAGGAAGUGGCACGACGGACAGGAAGUGGUCAUGUCCAACGUGAUGGAGUACGACACAGAAAGCGACACGUGGAGGGAGCUGUGCAGGAUGCCCGGUCCACUCUGCGGCACGCAGUGCGUCCAGCUGCCCAUCCUCGACACGCCGGAGACGUAGACGGAGCGGGUGGGUCCCACAUUCAGACCCCUUGACCCCACCAAACCCCUUCCAAGAAAAAAAAAAGUACACACCAAAAAAACUACCCCGUCAAAAAAAAAGGCCUUUUGACAAUAAGCAAACACGCAGUGCAAGAGCCUUUGAAAGAGUGGCAGGUCUCAUCUCGUAUUUGUCACAGUGCAAAAGCCUGCAAUGAGAUAGAGAAAUGAGAAAGCACAGCUUUCAUGCAACAGAGUUAAAGCCACGAGAGAUUAAGAGAGAGAAAGAGAGAGAAAGAGAGAGAGAGAGAGAAAGCAAGAGAGAGAGAGAGAGGAGGCUUUCACCCGAUGCAGAGAGAUCCACCGGAGAGAUAAAGUGAAGUCGACUUGCAGUAAAGCUCUUAAGAGCUGGAUAAGAAGUGAAGUUAGAACAUGAAAGUGCUGAGGUAGUGUGGAGUCUAGAAUGGGGGGAGUGAGUACAAAGGAAAUGACAGCCUGAGGUUAACCCAGGUGGGAAGGAAACGAUGCGUGUCUUUGCCCGCUACGACGUGAGGCGUGCGACCGGACGAAAAGGGCAGCCCAGAGAGCUAACGGAGAGGGGUGAACAGGUGGACAGAGCUGUGGUCAGCAUGUCAGGAAAGCAACCUCCACACACCGGGUAAAAGAGACAGAGUGAGCAGUAGGAACUGAACUCAUUGACUGCGUGGCUAACACUGAAUGGGCCUCAUGAAAAAAAAAGAAUUGUACAGUAGGAUCCAUUAUGUGAAGAAUGUGUGUGUGUAUGUCUAAGUGACCUUCAUGCCAUUCACUCUAAGAGACUUGAAAAGCGAGAGUUUGAAAAUUAAUGUGUAUUCCAGGGAGGAAGACUCAUAAGUCAAGAGAGAAAGGUGCAAGUUGUUAAGGCCCAGUAUCUGACAUUUCACAUUUCACUACAAAUAUCUGUUGCACUCAACUUUCCAUCCAUUGCAAUGUGUCACCGUAGAUAGACUGUGUGUUCAGAUGCUUCAUGUGAGUGAGAAACGCAUGCAAAUAGAGGCAUGACUCAUCUAACGGAGCCUAACGGUCUCAUGACUCUCUUGCCAAGCUGCAAUAGGUCACCAGGGCUGAGGUGCAACUGUGCUCCACCGACAGCCAGCCAGCCAGCCAGCCACUGGGUCCUGCAGAACUGAUCACUGAGGCAAAUCAAUAAAUGCAUAAAUAAACGUGUGCACAGUGGCAUGUGUGCUGGUGUGCUGAGGCUGCAGAAAGUAGUUUUGUGUAUUUUCCUCCAUACGAUACACUUGAAGUGAAGGGGAUAAAAAAAGGACAAAACUCAACUCUCUGGGUUGAGGAGAUGAGAAGCAAAAAAUAAUAAUACAGAUAAAGUUAGAAAGAAAAAUCAGAGCACAGUGAAAUCACUGUUAAUGGAUGCAAAGACUGAAGGGAAAGUACUAGAAAAAAGUGCCGUGGUCUUAUGGCUAAACUGGAAGAGGUCAGGGGUUCAGAUCCUAAGGAAGAAGCCCCGGUGCUGAAAUAACAUCCACCUCCUCUCCACUGAGUGUCACUUUGGAUGAACAUGCCUCCUGAAUGACUAAGGUAAACACAGUAACCACCUGGGGGAGGAGAGUGAGAGAGAGAGAGAGAGAGAGAGAGAGAUAGAGAUAGAGAGAUGCACAGAGUAAGAAAGACAGCCUGAGCUAUAGACCAUGCCCAAGGAUAGAGUGAGAGAGAGAGAGAGAGAGAGAGAGAGAGAGAGAGAGAGAGAGAGAGAAAGAGAGAGGGAGGGAGCGUGAGACAUGGGCCAUGCCCAAAGAGGGAGAGGACAGCCCUAGUCCCUGCCCAGAGAGACGGUGGGUGUGUGUGUAGUGUGUGUGUGUGUGUGUGUGUGUGUGUGUGCGUGUGUGCGUGUGUGAUGGAUAGCCCUCCUGCCCUGCUGGCUGCGUCCCUCCGCAGGGGAGGACAGACCCAUUGAUGGCCGCUCCGCGCGCCGCCAGCCUGGCAUUUGGGCUGUUAAUGGUUUAGCCAAAGCCAUUAGCUCCAGCGAGAGGGCCUGGGAGCGCCACAGACCGGCGCUGAUUGAAAGCCCCGCACACCGCCUCGGGGAGCAGUUUCCUCCAUAACCGGCCCCGCUAACGUUCCCCCGGCCCCCUCUACGGAAAGGUCACAUGACCCUGGAGCUUCGCUCUCCGCUUUUCCCGACGCUGAUUGGAAAAGAUGGUGGAAGCAUCUUGUAUAUCCCGUGCCCGACGCC